AUGACUUGGUUGAGGCGACACUUCAGUCAGGGCCCCCCUAAUGACGCUGCUGAUAUUGUUUAUGAGAGGUUUAGCCGAGCAUAUAUUCUUGCACUUAUGGGGUCCAUUUUGUUUGCUGAUAAGAGCGGUGAUGCCGUGCAGCUCGUCUACUUGCCAUUGAUUCGCGACUUGCGUAGAGCUGGGACAUACAGCUGGGGGAGUGCGACCCUUGCUUAUUUGUAUCGACAGAUGUGUCGAGCCGCUCGUAGACGAUCCCGUGACAUUGGUGGUCCACUUAUACUUUUGCAGUUAUGGUCAUGGGAGCAUAUUCACAUUGGUCGUCCGAGGAUUUCGAGAGUUCGCGAUGCUCCACCUCCUGACCCAGAGCAUCCUAUUGAGGUCGACGAUCCAUCUAUUCUUGGUACUCAGCAUCAGCGUGGAGUGGACCCCUUAGCAUGCAGUUGGCUUAGGGUUCACUUUUCAUGUGGCCAUACAGCUAGUGGACUCUCUUUCUUUAGGGAUGCACUUGACCAUCAAAAGGAGACACAGAUGACUUGGCAGCCAUAUUCAGAGACGGUACUUGGUUUACUACCCGAGAUUUGUAGAUGUGAUAGAGAUAUAUGGCGCUCAGUUGUACCGUUGAUUUGCUUUGACAUUGUUGAGUACCACUACCCAAAUCGAGUGAUGCGUCAGUUUGGAUUGGAACAGUCAGUUCCCGUUGCGUGUGACACGAGUGUUGAUCUUCAUAAUGUGGAUCGAUGGCAUAAAAACAAGAAGUUUGAAGAGAUGCAUCGCAAAUAUGUGGAGGAGUGGCGUGAUCGUGAGAGUCGGAUUGUUCAAGGCACUCCUUUUGCCGGUCAUCGUGAGAGGAUGAAGGAGUAUAUGGAUUGGUAUUGUAGCAUCACGAGACUCCUCAUUACUCCUGUUACACGAUCACCCCCCACCACUCAUUAUCAGCCGUCUUCCUCUGAUAUUAUUUUGUCACAUGCAUUGGCUGAUCUUGCCUCAAGAUGCACUCGAGCUGUGGAUUCUGCGUUAGAGUUACCUCCCAGUUUGGCCCUUCCUCUCACUCUUGAUACGUUACGCAAUUUGAGUUCCUCUUGCAUUGAGACCUUAUCAAGAGUGGGGCAAGAACAUAUCCUCCAACAAUAUGAUUUAGCCUCGUCUCAGUGUACACCCGACACCUCCACCUCACAUGUUUCUCGAGGGCGUGGUUUUCGACCACCACGUGCACGCCCUCCACCACUUACUCCUCCUCUACGCCCUCUACGCCCUUACUUCUCCACACCCUCCACCACCACCUUCUCCACGCCCUCCACCUCUUACUCCUCCUGCAUCUCCGCCAGCAUCACAAGUUAUUUCAUCUCCUCCUUUGCAGCUUCUCACUUACCGGCGACAAAAGGGUUGCUCUCCUAGUCAACGUCCCGAGCCAAUUGCCGAGGAGGAUGAGUCCUCAUUUUCAUCGUCCGAGCAUUCAAAGAAACAACGUAGAACUUAGAUUUGAGCUACAUUAGAAAUUUUGUGUAAUCUUUUGUUCUUUUUGCUAGUAUUGGAACUUUUAGAACUUUUAGAACUUUUAGAAACUCAUGUGUCAUUAUUGGAACGAUUGAACUUUUGGAAA